AUGGAAGGUGAGUAUGGUAUGUACAGGAAAGGAAGCAGUGGAUGGUCAUACAUGACUGGAAAUGACGAGUUUCAAGAAACUGAUGUUUGGUCUGUUUGGAAUCAAAGAAAUGAUUUUGAUUCAAAAUCUAUCAAGUCAAAAGGAUCGUCAUCUUCUAAUUUGACUUCAAGAAGCAUUCCUCUUUCGACUGCAGCCAGAAUGAUUCCAAGACCUGGUACAAACAAUCCCUGCAUGGAAUCUAGGAUUCCUCAACAACAAUCAGCACCUGUCAACGUUCCUGAUUGGUCAAAGAUUUAUGGAAAGUCAAAGAGAUCAGCACAGAAUUCUACGUGGCUUAAUUAUGGUGAUGAUGAUGGUGAUGGUGAUGAUGAUGAAGGUGGUCAUAAUGGUAGAGCGAGUUGGGACAGUGAUGAUGAUGAUGAUGAUGAUGAUGGGAGCAUGAUGCCACCUCAUGAAUGGAUUGCACAGAAGCUUGCAAGGAGUCAAAUUUCUUCAUUUUCUGUAUGUGAAGGUGCUGGAAGAACACUCAAAGGUAGAGAUCUUAGUAGAGUAAGAGAUACUGUCUUGAUCAAAACUGGAUUUCUGGAAUAA